UCGAUAUAGAUAAAUAUUUUAUAUUUGAUAAAAAUUAAGCCAGAUACGCGCGCGUGUUCUCGAUUGCACGAAGUUACGCGUUUGACAUUUCUAUCAGCUGUCACAUUCAAUAUGGCCGCCCGCGAGACGCGUUUUCUACCGAAUUAUUGGAGAACCGCCUACGUUGGAACAUAAUGUGAAGCCGGUAAACGUGUUCGAAGGAUUCUAACAAUAAGUUGUAAAUCGGGAGAAUAUAUUUUAGCCUCGCAAUGGCCGACAACGGUGAAGUGCUGGAGGGAUUUAUAUGCCCCAUAUGCAUGACCGAUUUCAAGGCACCCAAUCACUUGACCAAACAUUUCGAGGAAGUUCACAAUGAUGAUCCUGAAAUUUUAAAAUCGUUGAAAGAUUUGUUUGGCAAAGCCAAGAAAAAGAUUUUAAAACAGGAUGAUAUACCAGAAACGUUUGAAAGCGCAAUUCCACAGGACAAGAGAAGAAGUCCUGAAAUUAACUGGGGACCACAAGAAAUAGGUGCAAUAACAACUCACACAAAGUACUUUAAAGACAUAAGAAACGCUCGACUAGAGAGAUAUGCUUAUGAAACAAAUAAACUUCUUAUAAGGCUAGAUAAAUUAUUAAAUCAUUUACCAUCAGAUCCUGUCGAUAGAAAAGUUCAUGAACGUACUAUUGUGCCAUGGAUUGAUGAGAAAGAUGUGAAAUUAUGCCCCAAUUGUGCUAAAAGUUUUCAUUUAGCAAGGCGAAAACAUCAUUGCAGAUUGUGUGGGGCAGUUAUGUGCCAUAAUUGUACAGUAUUUCUUUCCUUAAAUGACGCACGAAGAAUGACUAGUCCUGUGUCUGUACAAGACGAUUCUGCUCUGUCUUCUACGUCGCAACGAACAUUCCCUCAAAGAACAAUACGUUCACGUAUUGGUUUCACAAAGUUGGCACGCUCACCUUCCAAUGGCAGCUUGAACAGUGUUUUAUCAUUAGUCAAUGAUCCAGGCCAUGAGCAACAUUUUAGAGUUUGUACUCACUGUAUAAAUUUACUGGAUGCAAGAGAAAUGCAAAAGGCGAAACAAUUUGACAAACCAAUCGUUUGUGAAUUUUAUGAGAAAAUGCGGGGAUACAUGAGCGAAGCCUCGCAACAUUUAGCAAUGUACAACAAAAUGUGGGAAUCGUUACAAGAAGGAGAGACUACGUACGAUUUGGAGGAUGCUCAAUCAUUGCGAGUCAAAUUGGCAAAGUUAGGAGAAAAUAUAGAUGCAACCAGCAAAAGAAUUCUUAUCCUCGGCGUGAAGAAAAAUACGGAAGACUCGCAAGAGAUACAGGGACAAGAAUUGCGUCUAUAUCAGAUGGUUAGAACAUCAGCAAUGAUAUUUUUAAAAGAAGAGUUAUUAACUCUGCAGCCUUUGGCUUCAAUAGAAGAAUAUGCAAUUUUACAAGAGGAACGUCAAAAAAGAAUAGAAGCCCGAAUAGCGUACGAACGACAAUUGGAAGAAGAGCAACGAGAGAAGUUAAAAGAACAGCGCAAGAGAGAUACAAGGAAUUUAGAUAGCAAUCCUUCUGUGAAAAUCAGCCAGGCACCGACGAUCGUGACUCAGUCUCAAGGCUGGGGUCCGUCCAAUGUCACAACCAUUAUGUCUUCCUCCAUGGAUCCAAUAAUUGAACAAAUGAGCAAUCUUCGUGCAUACAUCAAACAAGCCCGCACCGAUUGCAAAUAUGACGAGGUUGCGACACUAGAAAGCAAUCUUCGAGAACUACAAAGUGCCUACUUUGCUAUGAAACAGAGCAAUAGCAGCGAUGGAUAAAUAUACAAGCAGCAUGCUGCUUACAUCUUAGCACAGUGUUGAACUCCUCUCUAUAUAAUAAAGUGUAUUUCUUAUUAAUUUAAUAAAUCUUCUUGUAUUACAUGUAAAA